AUGGGUCAUGGAGACCUGAAGCCCGAGGUUUACCCCUCGGCGGCCUAUAUCCCAGUAGGGAUCGGUGGGAAGCGUGCGAGUCACGAACCACGGCCGUUAAAUAUACACACACACACACACACACACACACUACACCCACCCUGGACGAUUCAAGAAUCUAGAGAAGCAGCUCUCACGCGGGUUGGGGCCCCAGAAGGCCGUACAAAAGAACAAGCAGCAGACAACUUCCAAAUAUUCUUACAAUCCAUCCCUGAAAACGACAUUAUCAUCUACUCAGAUGGAUCUAAACUGGAUAGUGGACAGACCGGCGGAGGCUUUGUCGGCUUCCAGGCUAACUCCCAGAUCCUGCGCCACUCCUUCCCCCUAGGGCCUAAUAAAGAGGUCUUUGAUGCAGAAGCAGAAGCAGCCCGUGCCGGGUUGGAAGCCGCAGCGGCACAUCCAACAGCCCAACGCGCGUCCAAUCUAUGGAUUUGUCUCGACAACCUAGAAGUUGCGAUUCACCUCCUAUCCUCGACCACAGGCUCCUCACAAGCAGUCUUUGAGGAAUUCCGUACACUGGCUGACACCUGGCCAACCCGCAGAAGGCUCCCACAAACCGAACGUGGCUCAAUUCGAAUCCGCUGGGUCCCUGGACACGCUGACAUUCCUGGAAAUGAGGCAGCGGACCAGGCCGCCAAAGAAGGCGCCAAUAAAACUCCCUCCUCUUCUCUCCCGUGGUCAUAUGCAGCUCUUAAGCGGCACACUAAAUCACACGAUUUCUUAAAGGCCCAAACCCACUGGCAAUCAGCCGCCCCGCAGGCCUACCAAGACCUCGAGAUAACGACCUUCCCUAGACGCCCAGAAGAGCUUAAGCUCCCUCACCCCUUACUAGGCCGCAUCCUUGCAGCUCGAUCCAAGCAUGGAGACUUUGCGGACUACCAUGAACGGUUUAACCAUCAAGAUGCCCAUCUCUCGUGCCGGUGCGGAACAAGAAAGUCACCAAUCCACUUCAUCUUCUGCCAGAUUGCAAAAAGGAAAGCCCCCCGGUUCCCCGGGAAUCUCUCGGAAGUCAUUCCAUUCCUUCUAGGCACUCCCAAGGGUGCUAUUCAAUUAGCUGCCUGGUUCUCCGAGACACAAUUUUUCGAGGAUAUUUGCCCUCGUCGCCCCCCAUCUUAG